AUGCGCGACUCAGUCCAAGGAACACCUGUCAAUAUGUCUCGCAAAGGCUGGUGGUCCAAAUCUCGUCUGCGACUUGCACCAUGUUCGACGUCCAGCGAGCACGACUUGCAGAUUCCAAUGUCCGAAGACGAGCACUCAUCGCGUUCUGAUGGCAACAGGCAGCGAAGAAAGGGAACGAAUGACACGCUUGUAGGCUCUCCAGCUGAUAAACAAUCAUGUGGCAGCGAGAGCCCUCUCCCUGAGGACACAAAAAGUCCACUAGCAACGAGUCCAACUUCCUAUUCGCCUCUUUCGUCACCCUUCAGUCCUAAGGCUGCACUACCGACACUACCUUAUGCUGACACGACUUCCUUGGCUCCGAGCCCGACGAAGCCACAAGGGAAGGACUGUUUGCGCGUAAAAAGGUCUGGUAAAACAGAUGACGAAACGUUUGAAUCUAUGCGAGCAAGCGCGCUGCUCAUUGCUCGUACCAUAGCAAAUUUCGCUGAAGCAACUAAUAUUCCAUACUUGAAAGGACUUGCUGGUCUUUCUUCACUAAUCUUCGAUUAUGCUGAUGGAGUCGCGGCGAACAAGGAACAUUGUUCUCGUAUAAUCAAUAACGUCGCCCAACUCUUGGUUGCAAUCAAUGAAAGAACGGUAGAAGCAGGUGGUAAAAGAUCGGAAGCAUUGGAAGACCAGGCAAGUCGCCUUAAAACGUCUCUUGAGGCUAUCCUUCGGGACGUUAGACGGUUGUCGGAUCGGAAUCGAAGUUACUUCAGGAAGUUCAUUCUAAUGGAGAGAGAUAAGGAGAUUAUCCAAAGAUGCGAUGAAGAGUUGAAAUUCGCAAUGAAUAUGUUUUCAUUAUGUGUUCAGUUGCGGUCAUCCAUCGAGAUACAGACAUGCAUUCCAAACAUGUUGUGCGUUCUUGAACGCAUAGAAGACCGCUUGAGAGGGAUAGAAAGACGCUCGGCGGGAAGUAAAAGGCUCGAUUCGCAUGGUUUACUCCAUGAGCAUCAUGACAAGGACAAGCAAAGACAGGAAACCUUCAAGGAUGCAUAUAAUGGGAGUAAUUUGAGACCUGCACCCGCCAUUUUUUGCGGUCGCUCCGAUGUGCUGGAAGAAUUGGUCAGGCGUGUUUCACGUCCAACCGCUGCUCGAAUUGCAAUACUCGGACCUGGUGGCAUAGGGAAAACAUCUCUGGCUUUAAAGCUACUCCAUCAUGAAGAUGUUGCCCGUCGGUACGCGGCAAACCGCUUCUUUGUUCCGUGCGACUCCGCAGUAUCAGCAGAGAGCGUUGUAUCCUUGAUCGCGUCGAACAUUCAUUUCCCCCAACAAUGGGAGAGCGUUACUGUCCGGCCCGGUCAGACGGAAACGGAGGUUCUAGCUCACUUGCGCGGCUCUACGAGCGACUCCCAAGCUAAGGAUGGUUCGCAAACUCCUACCAUUCUUAUCCUCGAUAAUUUUGAAAGCCCCUGGGAACGAAAUCGGACCGAAGUUGAACAACUACUAGCACGAUUAGCCGCGCUCGAGAAUGUCACUCUCGUUAUCACCCUUCGUGGUGUGGAACACCCAUGUCAGGUAAAGUGGGAUCAGCCGAUGCUCCCACCGCUUCAGACCUUGGAUCCCCAGCCAGCAAGGGAAAUGUUCCUGUCGAUCUCUGGUACUGGUUUUUCAACAAUAAACGAGUCCGAAACGGACGAGCUGGACGAAUUGUUAACUCUGUGUGAUUAUCUUCCGUUAGCAAUUCAGUUGAUGGCUGGGCUCGCUGUCCCAGGUAUGGAUACUGUCCCAGGUCUUGUCAGGCGGUGGAAAAGGACGAAGCAGAGUACUGCUAUGCUCAGCGAUGGUGAGGACUCUGGUCACAGCCUGGAAAUUUCAAUCGAGCUUUCGCUUGGCAGUCCACGCAUGAAAAGAGUUCCCGAGGCUCAUACUCUACUAGCUGUACUCGCCAUGCUACCUGAUGGAAUCCGGGACGACGAUCUUGAAAUAGCCAUACCAGACUUCGAAAAACUUGAAAAGUCUCGGCUGGUACUCCUCAAAACUUCAUUAGUUUAUAUCGAUGAAGCAUCGGGUCGCCUGAAAAUGCUCGCGCCCAUCCGAGCAUAUAUUGCGAGCUGCGACAAGUACUUUCCGCAAACCGGUCUUGUCAAAUCAUUGGAGGAUUACUUUUGGACGUUCAUACAAUAUGCCGGAACGGAUCAGAACAAUGAAGAUAAGGUCAAAAGAGCACUUCCAGAACUUGGGAACAUCGAGAGCCUCGUUAACCGAGCAUUUUCGAAGGAUAUCCAUCUUGAUUCUGCUGCGGCCUCUGCAGUGAAAUUGGCACAGUUCGUUUUGCAGGCGUCGUUGGGAAAGCCUUGUUUGACGCAAUUGCAAAGAGCGUUGAGCAUAUGCAAACAAAGGCAAAACAAGAAACUCGAGGCCGAUUGCAAUUACACGAUAACUCUCUGCAAUCGCUUCUUCCCUGUUGUCGGCACGGAUACAGCAGAGAAUGAUAUUCUCAGGGUCUUGUCCUUAUACGAAGAUCUCGACGAUAAAAUGGGACAAGGACAUUGUCAUCACCAGCUAGGCUGUUUGUACCAUUCUACUCGCCAGUUAGAGUGUUCAAGGACCAGCUUUGAAAAGGCAUUUCAAUGUCAUCUACAGGCAGGAUGCCUCCACGGACAGGCAUACGCAUUGUUGAGCCUGGCGAGAGUCCUACACAUAAUGAAUGAGACAGAACCCGCAUUGCAACGCGCAAACGAUUCGUUGCAGAUUCUACGUACGAAGUGCCAUGUUCCCAUGUUGGAGGCUCAAUGCUUUGAAUUCCUCGGAUACAUACAUUUCCAAACUCUUUGCAAGUAUAUGACUGCAGCUGAGCUCUUCGAAGAAUCCCUUCGGAUUUAUAAAGCCUUGUCGCUCGAGGAGUGUGCAAACUGCAUGAACACCACAGUCUCUGCAGGAGAGUUGGCUUACUCUCUCUCGCAAUACGAUGACGCAAAAGAUGUGUUUCAAAGAGCGGCCACAAUUUAUCGCAGAACAAAAAGACGAGACCGGGAAGCGUAUGCACUCAUUAAACUUGGCCUUGCAUAUAUCGGAUUGAAUGCUGUGGAUGACGCUUUUACGAGCAUUCGUGCUGGCCUCGAUAUAUGGGAAGAACUUAAAAUACAUGGGGCAUUGGAAGGCGCUUCAGAAGAUGCCGAGGAGCACUAUGCGAAAGCGUUACAGAGCUUCAGGGCGGAUUCGACACACUGGAAGACUUUCGAAGCCGAUGCCCUUCUGAAACUUGGAAUACUCUUCAUUCGAACAGAUCGGGAGAGCAGGGCUCGCGAUAGUAUCCAAAAUUCUUCGCGACUUUACAAAGAAGCAGCGAGUCGCCGCGGCGAGACGGACUGCUUACGACAACUAACGGAGCUAGAUCUUAGGCACAGCAAGGGCACCAAAAAAAGAGACGCUUUGACUCGACUUGAAAGCGUUGAGAAGGAUUACUCCGAUAUGGGUCUGUAUGUGGAGAGACAGGAAUGUGCAGUGGUAAUCGCCCAAACGUACAGAAUACUUGGAGCAAAGCAGCCCAAGAACCUGUAUCUGCAGAUCUAGCACCGAAGAUAUUACAAGAUGUACAUGCCUGUAUGAUGGUAUCGCCUCAUUGUAGAUGUAAUAUCCGUAAUUGUUCUUCUGUUCGCCUAUCUUGUAACUUCAUUUUCUACUUUUUCUCAUUGUUGUCCUUCCCCUUGGACCUCUGAUGCCAUUAUUGCUGUACAAUAUGUAUGCUUCUUAUGUGAGUGGCAUUCGGAUGUAUUGUGUUGUGGGAUAUUUUC